AGAGAAUAGAGAUGGAGAGAGAGAUUGAGAAAAAGAGAAGUUCCGAUUUUUCAUUCAUGAAGAAGAAACAAGCCGUUAUAUUCAAAUAUAAAUAUAUAUAUUUGUUUGUUACAAGUACUGUCUAAUUAUUUAUGAAUACCUAUCAGCAGCUCAUAGCAGGCUGUGCUGUAAAUUCCUUGGUUAGAUUCUCUGUUUUUACUCAGCUGAUUCACCCUCUCCUCUUGGGCUCGUCAUCUUCAUAUCUCUGUCUGGCCCAUCAACCUUGUUUACUGUUCCUUCAUCGUUGUAGAGCCCGUUCUCUAUCACUCCUUGAGAGGAGGCGCAGCAAUCGAUAGUCAAAUAGAACAUUGCAGAGAAGAACAGAGAGGAAAGAGAAGGAAAUGGCUUUAAAUGGAAAUGGUUGCUGUUGGGUUCAGGAGCGUAUCUUAAGUGGAAAUGGAUGUGGCGUGUUCCUCACUCCAAGGAGUAGGUCCUCUACUGCCAUUUUGCCCCUUAAGUCAACGGCUCUCUCCUUUUCCUCUUCCUUUCAAUUCCAAGGAUUUGUGGUGGAUAGGAAGCAGAGCUCCUCCUCUAUACAAACGGCUGCAGUCCGCCAUUUGGUGGGAUCUGUUACCAAAACUCAAGGCCUUCGCUUUGCUGUGGUUGUCGCCCGUUUCAAUGAGAUUGUGACAAAGCCGCUCUUGGAGGGAGCUCUGGACACUUUCAGAAAGUAUUCAGUUAAUGAAGAAGACAUCGAUGUUGUUUGGGUCCCGGGUAGUUUUGAAAUAGGUAUUGUUGCAGAAAGACUGGGCAAGUCUCGAAAUUAUCAUGCAAUUUUAUGCAUUGGAGCUGUGAUAAGAGGAGAUACUACUCACUAUGACGCCGUGGCUAGUUCUGUAGCAUCUGGGGUGCUUUCAGCUGGCCUAAACUCAGGUGUUCCUUGCAUAUUUGGGGUUUUGACUUGCGAGAACAUGGACCAGGCGUUAAAUCGAGCUGGUGGUAAAUCUGGGAACAAAGGUGCAGAGUGUGCUUUAACGGCGAUUGAGAUGGCUUCCUUGUUUGAUCACCAUCUUAAGUAGUGGCAGCAUUAUCCAUUACAUGAUGAACUUCUGUUGCUGUAGGAUCAUUCUAUCUGGGGAGUUUACAGAAGCAAAUGGUAAACAUAGAUAGUGUGGUUGAUGGAAUAAAUUGUUCAUUUAAAGAGUAAAUUGUUUUUUUAGUUUCAUUCAUUUGUAUUGUUAAAAAUUAGUGUGGUUGAUGGAAUAAUUAGAUAGUGGCAUAUGAUGUGCACAUGUACAUUAUGUUGAUGAACAAGGAAUUUUACCAGAAAAAAUGGAUGAAAAUUUUAAGAACAAA